CUGUGUUGGAAUAAUCAAUAGAAGAUGAAUGACACUAGAGACCAGUGUCUGUUCUUUGUCAGUCUGCCUGAUCUACAAAAACUCUAUGCCAUUAAGAUUACACUGAGUUCUGCUGUGUCAGAAACUCAGAUUAGAAAUACACAGCUGAAGAUUUGCAGGCAAUUGCUGUUUCUGCAUCAAGACAUCCUGUCCUCACCUGUACCUGGAACACUGAAUGAAAUUUUAGCUGUAAUGGCGAUAUCUCUUUACAAAACAGGAAAAUGUCAGGCUUAUACAGAGAAACAUGAAGCUACAAUGGAAACUCCACAAAGAGUUAGUCCAGCCAUUCUUCAACUCUGCCUCUCCUACACUCUUAUAGCCAGACUUGCCCCAAGCUGGAAUAAGGCUGGUCAUCUUCUGGUACAAGGGAGAGAUUUCGUGUCUCAUAAGGGAAAACAAAAUGCUGUUGUUAUGGACCUCAACGUAACAGAAACCCAAGUUUGCAUCAGUUUGGAGGCUUUCACAAUUCGACUACCGCCACCUGAGCUGGAAGACUUUGAUAUUUCAACACAUGUCAUAAAGAUCUUCAACAAUAAUGAAAAUUCAGUCAUUCAGAGACAUUCCAUUUUAAGUAAUUGGUGCUAUGUCUUACCAAGCUUGAAAAUGGGUCAGAUCAUUAGUAUCAGCCACAUAAGUCCACCAGAGUCUCCUUUUCGUUCAUAUAAAGACUUCCAGAUGCACUGGAAGAGUCUGUAUGGGUAUAGUCUUCCAGAGGAUCAUGGAGAAACAAAAACAUAUUGCAAUGUUUACUUCAAAUUGAUAGGAGAACAGCUCUUUACGUACCCUAUCAAUUGCAUCAGAAGCCAACCAGUACAGUAUUUUCCUAGAGUACAUCUAGAAGGUAUAUUAAAUACCUUUCUUUCUGACCUGAAGUCUAAUCUUCCUCACCUAUGUGGAUUUCCAGUACAGAUGACAAGUAAACCACUAUAUGCUACACAGGAACUUGCCAAGCCUCUAAUGCAUGGAGCAAAACCCAAGCCUGCAAAUCUGACUGGUAAAAGGAUUUGCAAGGUCUCUCUGACUCAGGCUCCUUCGAAGAGAGAGACUUUGAAUCUGAGUUCUUCAUCACGCAAUACAGAAAUCAACCACAGGAUGGAGCAUUUGAUCAAUCACCCAAAAACUUUUAUCUUCUCAAAUCACAGUCAAUGUACAGAGGAAGGUAUUGCUGAGGCCAUGAAGAAAACAAUCCAUAGAAGGCAACCACAACAGACUCCUGGAACAUCAGAGCUGCCAGUACACUUGGCUGAGUCUUUAAAACGGUCUAAAAAUUCAGCUGUGGAGUCUCAAAGGAAAGGUGCCACCAGAAUUAUACCAAUUUUUAAAGGAAAGCUGCUGCAAAUGAAUAUAAAUUCCACAAGAGCCACUGAUGGAAAUAAAAAGCAGACUGUUUUACAACCUUCCCCAAAGGUUGUAAGGGAUGCAACAGCCUCUAAAAUAUCUGUAGUCAAACCCAGUGUACCUCAGGUAUAUAAACCUGUCCAAAAUAUGUCAAUCAAUCUUACUAAUAGCAAUGUUCCGCAGAGAGUGGCUGCAAGUGCCGAAGUAAAGCAUGGUGGAUAUUUGCGUGACCAUAAAACAGAACCUGGAAGGCAGCUGAUGAAUUCUCUUCUUUCUAGUGGCUCAGCAUCAGAGAGUAAUUCAAGUGAAGUUGAACUCAGAAAUCAAAACUAUUUGUUAUCUGGUAGUGUCAAAUUGGGACUUCAAACAGAAAGCACCAAUCUAGAAUUGAACAUAGCUGCAGGCCUUAACCCCUGUACAAAAAGAGGAAGAAAAUUUGCAAACCAAAAGACCACACAAAUUCUUGGUGAAAGGCCUGGAUCAAAGAAAAUAUAUCUGCAGAUCUGCAAGUCAGACAAAGAAAUUACGAAUUCCAGGAUAUUGCAGCAUCAAACAAAGAGCCAAACUAAAGGAGUAGAGUCAAAUAUUCACAGAUUGGAUUUAAAUAGUACAAUGUAUGCUGUCAAAAGGGAAGAACAUCAAGAAUCAUUGCAACCAUCAAAGAAAUAUAAUGCUAAGACAACCAGUCAUCACUCACAAUUAAACUGUGAGCAGAUGUUUACAGUGACAGACCCUCUGCAGUGCGAAACGGUGGACUCAAAGCAGAUUUACUCCAAAGGAGGGAUUCACUUUAAGGAAGUUUCAAAGAAAGGAUGUGGCAAAAGACAACAGCAGGAAGAAGGAGGUUGUACAAAAUCAAAGAAAUCUAAGAUAAGGAAGGCUGCUAUCUAGGCUAUGGAUGUAGAAGAAUGCAUAAAGAAAAUAUAAGUUGCUUCUGGAUGCAGUAAAGUGCCAGGGAGGUGACCAUUACAAGAUGGUGCAGCUCGAUUUCUUCACAUCCCAUCUACUCCUCCCCUUUUGCACCAAGUAUGCUAGCAUCCCGCCUCAUCAGCAUUGGUACAACCAAUGAACCAACCAUUGGUUCUACAGCUAAUGAUCCUCCAUGCUGCAACACAACUGGUUUUAGUCUUUAUACUGGACUAUUCAUAAGUUAUAAUAAUAUGCAAUUGAAGCAGUUCUUCAGAGAAAAUAAGAUUGAGUGUAGAUAUCCAUGACCGUUUAUGAGAGCAUAGAAAUUCUCAUUUUUACUUAAAAGAGAAUGAAUAUAUAUAUAAAUUAAUCUGAUAUACACUUCAACCUGGUAAAUAGAAUCCAGAAUUGUAUUAAAUCAUAAAUAGGAUGGUAUUUAUAUGAAAAAACUACCUGGCUCUCCUCCUUUUGUAAAUCAAACUUUUGUUUUCUCUUCUUCCAAGUUUGAAUCCUAAAUAGGGAACUGAAAUGAGUCUGCAGUGAGUUUAGUGAUAUUUGCUCUGUUUUAGCGUCGCUGAUACCUAGGACAAGAGGACCAUUAAAUACUUCAGUAGAGUUGAGUUUUUGUACAAGUUGAAGGCUGAGAGGGGAAAUUUAAUGAAACUUAAAAUGGAUCAUUUAGUUGGGAGGGAAUCUCUUUAUUUUUGUCUAAUACUUGUCAUUUUCAAUGAUUAAGUAUUAAAACACUUGUUACCAAACUUAAGAUUUCUCCCAAAUUGUUUGUCAGUUUAAAGUCACAAUUCCUUGAGAUAGUAUAGUUCACACUUUGUCCAAACCCCAGGCUUUUUUCAUUCUUUAGUACACCUUACAAAGUGUUAAACAAAUUUUUAGAAAAUAAAUAAUGCCAACUUUCUUGGAAGAUUCAUCUGCACGCUGGGUUUGUAACACCAGAAUCCUUAACAGUCAGUAUGAUUUCCAAUGAGAAUUGGUUCUUUGGGAUGAAUUCACUAUGUAAAAGAUUUAUCAAAGUCCAGUUGGUAACACCCUUCAACAAGUCACAAAAUAUAUUGCUAGCUGCUUGUUACUUUUGAAAAGCUUUAUCAGAAUACAACUAAGAUUACACUCCGUAUACAUUUUUCUUUGCAAUUAUUACAUGCCCUCUCCACAAGUUUACUUUUUAAUAAGUAACUUUUUGUAUAUGAAAUAGAAAUGACAUAACCACUUUAACAAUGCAAGUUUCUUUCACUGCUUGGAGUACUAUAUUUUAAUAUAUUCUUUGGGUGGAUAUUUAAUACAUCAGGCCUGUUGGUUUUGAAGCCUAAUACAUAAUGUGAAUGCUGUCUGGUAUGCAUCACUGCAGUAUAUUCUUGCCAAGAUUUUUUUUUUCCUUCAGUGCAAGGCAAUUGUUAUCAUUCGAGAAUUCCAUUUAAUCGUCAUUUAAUUUGGUUUUGUCACAAGACAGAACACAGAAGGUAUUGCUUGUAUUUGCUUCAUCUUGUAGAAACUUUUCUGCCAGAACUAUGAGGAGUUUUGGCUUGUUUUCUGCCGUGAAAUAUUUUUCUUCUCUAAUGGAAGUCCAUUCCCUUAUUAAUUGAUAAAAAUUUAUUAAUUGAGGCUGGUGUUUGACAGCAACUGGGCACUUGAACAGAAUAGAACUCAUUUGCAAAUACAAAAAAAAUGAGGUCAACAGCAGUGUGGGGUUUUAGAGUAAGAAUAAAGAUCACACUUCUGUGUUUCCCUGAAAAUUAAAAUGCAAAGCUGCUUUUCAGAUGGUGCAGAACAGUUAUCUUUUCACAGUUUUGAUUAUAUUUGACUACAUUAGGUAGUGUGUAUUUCCUGUUAUUGAAACAGUUAGAAAAGAUGGGAUUCAGAAUAGUUGCAUGUUAUUUCUGCAGUACGUUAUUGUGAUGUCGGAGCUACUCUCUAGGAAGCUGUCACCAGGCAAAUGUUUUGUUAAAAUCCACUUGCAUUCCAUUUUACUGAAACAGGUUAUUUUGAAUUGCAUUUAGAUUUUUUAAUAGUGGAUAUUAUGUUAUUUUGUGUUCUUUGUUACCUCAAAUGCAGAAUGAUAAAAUAAUUAU